CGAAAUACCAUAGCCAGACCUGUUAGCAAAUAAAAAGUAAAUCGUUUGACAUUGACAGUUGUGUGGUGACCGUAUUUGACAUAACCUUAUUUCUCACUAUUUUUAGUUAACCAAUCAAAAUGGUGGUAUCUGAAGAGCAGCCCCCGGUAGUGGAAGGAGACGCGGCCGCCAGUAAGAAAGCCGCCAAGAAGGCGGCCAAAGCUGCUGAAAAACAACAGAAAAAGGCUGAACAUAAGGCAGCCUCAAACCAGCCCCAGGCUGAAGCCCCAGAGACAGACGUCUCCGUUGGCCGCUAUGGAGUGCUCAAGAUGAUCCAGUCCACCGGAGAGAACCGUGAUCGAGUCUACACUGACGUUAAGGAUCUGAACGUCAAACUGAAUGGACAGAAUGUUUGGGUCAGAGCCCGUCUCCAAACAUCUCGAGCUAAAGGCAAGCAGUGCUUCGCAGUGCUGAGACAGAGCAGCAGCACUGUGCAGCUGCUCAUCAGUGUGAACGAGGAGCGAGCAGUCAGCAAGCAGAUGGUCAAGUUUACCGGCAACAUAACAAAAGAAUCAAUAAUAGACGUUUUCGCCACCGUAGUGAAGACCGCCUCCCCUAUAGAGUCGUGCACAGUGCGUGACGUGGAGCUGGCGGCCGCGGAGAUCUGGCUCGUGUCUGCCGCCAGGACACAGCUGCCGCUGCAGAUUGAGGAUGCUGCCAGGCCUGAGAAGAACGAUGACCCAGAGGCGCUUCGUAUCCGCGUGAACCAAGACACUCGGUUGGACAACCGCGUGCUGGACCUGCGCACCCCCGCCAACCAGGCCAUCUUCCGGAUAGAGGCCGGCGUCUGUCGACUCUUCAGAGAUAUACUCACUAAGCAAGGUUUUGUAGAAAUCCACACGCCGAAGAUAAUCUCGGCGGCGUCCGAGGGCGGCGCGAACGUGUUCACCGUGUCGUACUUCAAGUCGUCCGCCUACCUCGCGCAGAGCCCGCAGCUGUACAAGCAGAUGGCCAUCGCUGCUGAUUUUGAUAAGGUAUUCACAGUAGGCGCAGUAUUCCGCGCGGAGGACUCGAACACGCACCGCCACCUCACGGAGUUCGUGGGACUCGACCUGGAGAUGUCGUUCAAGCACCACUACCACGAGGUGCUCGACACCAUCGCCGGCAGCCUCACGCAGCUGUUCCGAAGCCUCGCACAAGAGUACGCAUCAGAGAUAGCGACAGUAGGUCAGCAGUACCGCGUGGAGCCGUUCAAGUUCCUCGAGCCCCCGCUCGUGCUGCAGUUCCCUCAGGCCAUACAGAUGCUCAGAGAAGCUGGAGUGACAAUCGGCGAUGAAGACGACCUCUCCACUCCUGACGAAAAGCUGCUCGGCAGACUAGUGCGAGCGAAGUACGACACCGACUUCUACGUGUUAGACAAGUACCCGCUAGCUGUCAGACCCUUCUAUACCAUGCCUGAUGCUGACAACCCGAAAGUAUCAAACUCAUAUGACAUGUUUAUGCGUGGUGAGGAGAUCCUGAGCGGAGCGCAGAGGAUACACGAUCCCGAGUUCCUCACGGAGAGAGCUAAACAUCAUGGCAUCGAUAUCUCGAAGAUAGCAGCCUACAUUGAAUCGUUUAGACUGGGAUGUCCUCCUCAUGCGGGUGGUGGUAUCGGUAUGGAGCGAGUAGUCAUGUUGUACCUGGGACUGGACAAUAUUCGUAAAACUUCGAUGUUCCCGCGCGAUCCCAAGCGAGUCACGCCUUGAUUUGUAUAGAAAUCACAAUUAAAUAAUAUAUUAAAUGUGCUAAAUAACUU